AUGUUCAUGUUAUUUCAUUUGACCAUAUUUUCUCCUUUUAAUGCUAAAAUCACCUCUGCAGCAAAGACAUUAUCCCCCUUCGAUUUUCACAUAAAUGGAAGUGAUUUGAUUUUAACACGGAAUGAUUACUUCUCAUUUGUAAAUCCAGAUGGAUUAGUCGUCAAAACUGAUACAGGAUUCACAGCUAAUACCUCGUUGUUAAGUGACAUUGUCAUUCCAUUAAGUAGUUGUCCUACGAAAGUAAUAGUGAAUGGUUAUCAAGCUUUUGGAUCGGAACCAAUUACACUAACUGAAAUUACUCCAUUCGUCUUAAUAUCUGAAUACUUUCCUGUUGCACGAAACUUAAGUAUUCAAUUGCUACCAAAUAUGAAUAAUAGAACAAUUCGCUUGAAUUGGACUCUGAACACAAACGGGGGAAUUUUGUGCCCCCACAAAAUACUAGCUUUCAGUGAAACUGACGACAAAAGAUGUGAAUAUGAGACACAACACAACUAUUAUGAAUUUGACUUACUAGAAUUAAACAAGACGUAUAAACUUGGAGUAGCUGUGAGGUCUUUACAAGAUAACAGCUACAAUUUUGAAAAUUUUGUGAACUAUUCAACUUAUCAGAUACCAAAAAUGAUUUGUCCAGGACCACAAAGUAAUUUGCUAUGUCGUUUUACAUUACAUAAUUUCGAACGUUACAAGUUUACUUGUGGUAGACGGUUUGCAGGUAAAACAUCUACCGAAAACAAUGGCUCAUGUAGUAAGUUGGAAUGGUUUAUCUAGUCAAUUCAGAAAAUGUUUCAGUCAUUAUAUGAUGAUUCAACAUGAAAAACGGAACGGAACGACUUAUCUUCAAAUGAUUCGGUCAAUAUGGCAUCUCAACAAUAUAAUAUACGACAUACAUGAGGGUAGUACUUAUGAAUAUGGUGUCAGAGUAAUUUACAGAAAUGAGAUUUACGCGGAAGUCAGUCAACUAGUAUCAAUUUCAUCACUAUCUGUACGGUCGAAAGUAACGCUGGUCCACGAAGACCAAAACAAUACAUCUGCAGACUUGGAAUAUGUUAUUCUUAAAAGCCUAACAGACGUGGAAAUCCAAAAUAGAACUUUUGAACUAACUAUUCACGACAGAAAAGUAGUCAUGCGUGAAGUUUAGGUUAGUUAACCUGUGACAACACUAAGGAAGGAUAAUAUUUAUAUGUUCAUUAAAUUCUAAUCAUAUUUUGACCAUUUCUUGUCAACAUUUUAAGUACCAUCUCAAUAUUUUGGUUUUACACACUAGAUUUCAAUAAAUACUUUUACAUAACUAUCGAAGUAUUUUGACUCUCACUGUAAUUCAACAUGUAACAUAUUAGGCUUAGUUAGAAAAUCCUCAACUAUCGUACUUUCAUUGUCUCUUUCAGUUUGCUACCUUGUUAUAUAUUCCCUGGAUCAGUUUUGUUAUUUUAAAAAUAAAUUUAUUGUAAAUGAUUUGUGACUUCCUUAAGUAAUAUUAAAUUUCUUUUGAAAAUCCCACCUCUUCUUUGUUUUAUUCAUUAGUGCAUUGUUGACUUGGAAAUAUCGUUACUUAUUUGUACUUCUC